ACAUAAAUCUUAAGAAUAUUUUGAACAGUAAAUAUCGUUAAACUAAACGAAUGGCAGUUAAAAAUUGAAUCAAAAACUAAGUAAUGUAAAUCAUUCAGUAGAUCAAGCGGUAUCUGUGAAGAAAAAUACAGUUAACGUUUCGAGUCGAAGUGAGAAUUUUUAUAUUUUCAUCUACUGAAAGAAAAGAACAAUUGUUAACGUUUGAACUGCAGUUGAUUUCAAUGUUCAUCAGAAGGAAAUGACAUACAAGUCACAGUUGAAAACGUAACAAUCAAAUCACUGUGCACCCAUUAGUGUGCACCCUUGUGGAAAUAAUUUUUUUAAGCAUAAGUUGUGGGGGGGGGGGACUGUAAAGAGGAGCAUGGAGUAAGAGACAGGCUGUGCAGGGCGCCGCUGUAGGCCCGCACCACCGCUCCUCAUCGCCGUCGCCACCGCCGCAGCCGCUCGAGGAAACGCGCAGGAGCUGUGGGGCAGGAAAUGGAGCGGGAGCCAUAUUUGGAGGCAGUGCACAGUUUACCAAGUGACGGCUGGGGCGGACGUAGCUGAGUACACGCACACGAACACUUUCGGAGGGAUAUUCGCCUUUAGAGACGGGCAGCGGGUGCUCGGAAAGAAGUAGGAGUCCGAGGAGAGGAGAGGACGCUCCCGCCACUGAGUGAGCGAUGAACCCUCAGGGCCGUGCGACCGUCGGCGGGGAUAUUCUGAGGAAAAACCCGCAGCUGGACUUCGAGCUGAUCCAGAGGGUCGGCAGCGGUACCUAUGGCGAUGUGUACAAGGCUAGGAAUCUGCAGACUGGAGAGCUCGCUGCAGUUAAAAUUAUUAAGUUGGAACCAGGAGAUGACUUUUCCAUUAUACAGCAAGAAAUAUUUAUGGUAAAGGAGUGCAAGCAUUCCAACAUUGUGGCCUACUUUGGAAGCUACCUAAGCCGUGAGAAGCUAUGGAUCUGUAUGGAAUACUGUGGGGGUGGAUCCCUUCAGGAUAUAUACCAUGUAACAGGACCACUGUCAGAACUGCAGAUAGCUUAUGUGUGCAGGGAAACGUUGCAGGGUCUGGGUUAUUUGCACAGCAAAGGAAAAAUGCACCGAGAUAUAAAGGGGGCCAACAUUUUACUGACAGAUCAUGGCGACAUAAAGCUGGCGGACUUUGGUGUGGCUGCCAAAAUAACUGCAACUAUUGCCAAGAGGAAGUCCUUCAUUGGAACCCCAUACUGGAUGGCUCCAGAGGUUGCUGCAGUAGAGAAAAAUGGUGGCUACAAUCAGCUAUGUGACAUCUGGGCAGUUGGAAUCACAGCUAUUGAACUGGCUGAACUGCAGCCUCCAAUGUUUGAUUUGCAUCCUAUGAGGGCAUUGUUUUUAAUGACUAAGAGUGGAUUUCAACCCCCUAAGCUGAAAGAUAAAAUGAAAUGGACUGCAACAUUCCAUUCUUUUCUCAAAAUAGCAUUGACAAAAAAUCCAAGGAAGAGACCAACAGCUGAGAAACUACUGACUCAUUCGUUUUUAACACAAUCAACCUUAUCCAGAUCAUUGGCAGUAGAUUUAUUGGACAAAGUCAAAAAUCCUGAAAAUCACCAUCUUUUCAACGAGGCGGAUGAUGAUGAUCUUGAGCCUCUCUCUGCUGUGCCUCAUACAAUUCGAUCCACUAACAAGAAUACAAGAGCAGAAAGGACACAAUCGGAAAUCAACUUUGACAAAAUGCAGUUUGAACCUCCUUUGAGAAAGGAAACUGAGGCUCACUGUGAAAUGGAGGUAACCAAAGACGUAGGAUUUGGGUCAUCGUGGAGCCCAUUUGCAGAUGGAGGAAAUAAGGGACACAUAGCACACCAAGAGGAGGAUUUUGACAAUGCACUGUCGACACUUAAAAGAGCAGUUGUAACUCCACCUCCACUUCCACCAAAGCCAAGAAUGCGCAGUGUUUCAGAUCUUCCAGAUGAAGAGAGUUCUCUGACGAUCAAGCGGCAGCCUUGUACCAAAAAUGGACCAUCAGCUGUGCCAAGAAGACAGAGUACUCCAACAUCCUUAUAUCAAUCAGAGAUGGUUGAAUCAGCCCUUUCUAACAGCGUCAGUAGCCCAGGAUUGCUUGAUACCAGAACCUGUGAUUUAGAAGGUCCUUCAGGCUUAAAUGGUGAACAUCCUCCAGUAUUACCUCGAAGAAAAGAAAAAAAAGAUUUCCCUAAGCCAGCUACCAAUGGUCUUCCUCCAACACCAAAAGUCCAUAUGGGAGCCUGUUUUACUAAGGUAUUUGAUGGGUGUCCUUUGAAGAUAAAUUGUGCUACCUCCUGGAUACAUCCCGAGACAAAAGAUCAGUACUUAAUCUUUGGAACUGAUGAAGGCAUUUAUACAUUAAAUCUGAAUGAACUUCAUGAAGCUUCAAUGGAGCAGCUUUUUCCUCGAAGAUGUACCUGGCUUUAUGUGAUCAAUGACAUUUUAAUGUCUUUAUCAGGUAAAACGUUUCAGCUUUAUUCACACAACCUAGUUGGCUUAUUUGAACAGGCAAAGAAACCUGGGUUAGCAUCCCAUAUUCAAACACAUCGUUUUCCUGAUAAGAUAAUACCCAGGAGAUUUGCCUUAACAACAAAAAUUCCUGAAACUAAAGGUUGCCACAAAUGUUGCAUUGUGCGGAAUCCAUACACCGGAUGGAAGUACCUCUGCGGAGCACUACAGUCUGGUAUUGUUUUGCUUCAGUGGUAUGAACCAAUGCAAAAAUUCAUGCUAAUUAAGCAUUUUGAUUUUCCACUUCCAAGCCCUCUGAAAGUGUUCGAAAUGCUUGUGGUACCUGAACAAGAAUACCCAAUGAUCUGUGUAGCCAUCAGUAAGGGCAGUGAACCCAGCCAGGUGGUCCGGUUUCAGACAAUAAACCUGAAUUCUUCUUCCUCGUGGUUUACAGAGGUUGGUUCAGCCACCUGCCAGUUAGAUACCAUCCAUGUAACCCAGUUGGAAAGGGAUACAGUUCUUGUCUGCAUGGAUCAAAAUGUUAAAAUUGUAAAUCUGCAUGGAAAAUUGAAGUCAAGCAAAAAACUAGCAUCAGAGUUAAGUUUUGACUUCUGCAUUGAAUCAGUAGUGUGUCUUCAGGACAGUAUACUGGCCUUCUGGAAGCAUGGUAUGCAGGGCAAAAGCUUUAAGUCAAACGAAGUCACCCAGGAGAUAUCUGACAAAAGCAGAGUUUUUCAUCUGUUAGGAUCUGAUAGAGUUGUAGUUCUAGAAAGUCGACCAACAGAUAAUCCUAUGGCUUACAGCAAUCUCUAUAUCCUAGCUGGCCAUGAAAACAGUUACUAAGCAACAUCAAGAAACUUAAUCACAGGGACUGCUGCUUGAAUUGGAGCAAACAGAAAACAGCUUCAAACAAUGAAGAUUCACUGCUGAGAGAAUUAUAAAAUGGGAGUAGAAGUUGGCCCUGGCCUUGACAAAUUGGACUUUUGACUUGUAUUCAAUUCUAUCAUGAGAUAGAUUUCCUAAGAAAGCGAGUAAAUUUGGUGGCUAGAUGUGGCUUAUUAAAAUAUUCAGCCACUGUGUGGUUUGUCUGUCAUAUCUAAUGUGCUUCAUAAAAUCCCUGACGAGCUGCAACUUUGUAAACCAUAACAAAUAUAUAAUUUCUAAUUUUACAAAGUGAAAGUAGACAGAAAUAUUUGUCAAGUGCCACAUUUUCUAAUACUUUUCCCAAAGGUCUUGCUUUUUUUAUUUUGUAAAUGCCUUGCAUCAAAGUUUGAUACUUUAUUCUGCUUUUUGUCUGUGUGAUCUAAAUCUACUUACAGAAUAGUGUAACUAUUUUAUAGGAAUUUUUUUAAGGCAUCAGCUGCGGGAUUGUACAGCUUUAAAAUUUCUGCCAUAGUAUAACGUUAAACUGAAUAUUUAAAUGCUUUAUUUAUUAAUCUCAGUGGUAUUAAAAAAUUAUAUUCAUGGGGGAAAUAGCUAAUGAUAAUUUUUUGUCAUGUUUGAAUUGCAUUGUUUGGGGUUAUAAGGGAGAAAGUGUUCUUUCUAAGUUGUUUGUAUGCAUAAGCACAUUGUAGUAUUUAAUUUAGACUUGAAUUCUUAUACAUUGUACAAAGGCACUAUAUAAGCACUUUUUUGUACAACUUUUAAAUUGGAAGGCUUAGCUGUAUAGAUGCCACAGUAGUGUUUUUCAUGCAUUUUAAUCUCUUCGUAUGUAUAUUUCAGUUGCUUUUUUACGCAUGCAUUAAUAGUGUAUUGAUGAAACAGGUGAAAAUUAAUGACAAAUACACGUGUUUGAAAAAUCUAGUUAAAAUGCUCCUGGCUGUUUUAAUCCUAAAUGUGUGGGAACCAUCACGUUUCAUUACUUACUUUGGAAUUGGAAUAUGGUUUAAUAUCCAACAUGAGAACAUCUUUGGUUAUCAUUUCAACUCUACCUCAUCUUCUGAAUAUUAUCCUCCUUUUUCUUGACUUCCAUCUUGGAAUCAUUUCAGUGAAUUUUUCGUAUUUUCAUUCUUAAGUAUCCUUACCAAAUUGUUUAAAAUUCAGUAACACUAUAGCCAAAUAAUUUGAAUUGAUACUUUGUAAUAAGCAUCUGUAAAUAAUGUACAAUAAAGUAUUCAAUGCUCUUCUAAAUUUGUUUCAUAUUUGCUUCAAGUGAACUAGCACUAGAAAGCUGUUCUAUUUUAAUAUCACAAGCAGUACAUAACAUAACUUUGUGUAGAAAAAAGCUUGUGUGAAUUUCAUUACUGGUUUUUCUACUUUUUCCCUAUUGCUGAUCUAGCUGUUAUACACCAUGAUGUUUCACCAAAAUAUUAUAACUUUUGUGGUUUGAAUAAUUAAGUUUACAAACUGAAUUACAAAAAUAUUUUGCUUGUAUUUUUAGUAUUGUCACAUGCUGUAUGAGCUAGUAUUGUUACCAAUCUGCCACAUUGUAUAUUAUUCCUUAAAAUGAUCGUUUAAAGGAUGACAUCACAUUAAGUGUUUUGAAUGGUAAUAAGUUUCUUUGGUGAUAAUAUUCAGAUAGAUUCUGAGGAUAAUUAUUUUGAGCAGCAUUUUGGGGCUCAUUUCUAAAAUAUUUCUAUCAAUUAAAAUAUUUAUUUUAAGGAUCUUAUAAGCUUUACGAUGCAUUUAUCGGGAAGAUAUUUUUUCAGAUUUUAAAGAUAAAUAAUUUACUGUUUUCCUACUAAUGCUAAUUGCUUGGAAGAAAUCAAGUUGAGUGUUCUACAGAUUUACUCCAUUAAAAACAAAAACUGCAAAAUGGAAGAACAACAUUCACAGAUAUGCACCUUUGUUUUCUCCAGCUAAUCAUUAUCCCUAUAUCACCUCAGUGUAAAUUUUAAAAACUGUCAAUUUUAUAUUUGGAUUAAUUUAAGCUAAGAUUUGUGCCAUCAAUAAAGUACUAUAAAAUGAAAAAUAUUGAACUGCUUUUUCCCGCCAAGAUAAUUUUUUGUGAUGUUACAUGUUGAAUUUAAAUUAGAUGAGGAUGUCUUUUGUUUUAGAAAUGCUGUGAAUGUCAAUGCAUUUGAAUCUUUUGAAUAUCAUACACGCUUCAUAAUGUUUGUAUAUACAUUAACUAAAAUAUGCUGAUUUAAGGAAAUCAGGUCAGGAUACUUAACCAUCAGGAAAGUACAAGUAGAGUUUUUUAAACAAAUAAGGAUUAGCAAAUGAUUUUCCCAGUUCCUGCUCUCCUUAAAAAGGCUGCCUUAAGAGUUUAAAGAUGUUGCUUGAGAUACUGUAUAUGUGCAGCUCUGUAUGAUACAAUGCAACUUGCAUGAUUCCUGUUUGUAAUGGUUACUGCCUUGGACUGGACUAUAAUUGUUCAACUGGUUUCAAGAGCAUGACCUCAUUAUAUUGUAAUUUACUAUGAUAAAAUAUUAAUGCAAGAUCAAAAGCUGUUGUUGAAAUUGAAAAAGGAUUUGCGUAUAUUUAGUGCCUUUUAUGCCUUUGGCUGUAAAACACUUUGGUGUGACCCAAUGAAGGUCUUUUUGAAACACAUAUUGUUGUAAUGAAGGAUGCAUUAGCACCAAAUUGCACACAGUGAACUUUCACUAUUAUUGGGAUAAUGGCAAAUUACACCCUUAGAAUAGAGGUUUGGAAGGGUCACGAAAGAUGAAAGCUGCCCAGCAUCUUAUUCUGAUUUGCAAAUGUUCACAGUAAAAAGCUAAUGCUAAGCUUUUGACCAUCCAUUCUAUCAUUUGCUGUUGGAUACCUUGCAUUUUACCCCUAUAUUCCUUCUGAUGUCAAAAAUAGAUUUUAAAAUGUGCAUCUGAGUUGAAUAAAGUUAUA